AUGAUCGUGGUAUGGGCUACACUGCUUCUCCUUCAUCAGAGCUAUACGCUGACUCCAGUGACCACGGUUGAACUUGGUGCACCUGCGACAUUGACAUGUGAUUUCCCUAAUAAAGAGCUGAGCAGUAGAAAACUCUACUGGUACAAGCAGAGUGCUGGGGAGACUCUGAAGUUGAUUGUGACUCUGUGGAAAUCAACAAAACAGUAUGCACCAGAGUUUUCUGAAUCACGACUGGAGGUAAAUUACGAUAAGACGUUUAGCAACCUGACCAUUGUGGCGACGAUCCAAGAAGAUGAGGGAAUGUAUCAUUGUGUCAUUGCAGAGUGGAUUAAUACUCAGUGGAGUGGGACGUAUUUGUUGGUAAAAGGAAACACUCAGAGGACAUCAAACUAUGCUGUUGUUCAGUGGCCGACAGUAUCUGAUCCAGUCCGUCCAGGAGCCUCGAUGUCUCUCCAGUGUUCAGUCCUCUCUGACUCUGAGAAUAAAAUGUGUCCAGGAGAUCACAGUGUGUUCUGGUUCAGAGCCGGAUCAGAUCAAUCUCAUCCAGACAUCAUCUACACUGAUGGAAACAGACAUGAGGAAUGUGAGCGGAGAUCUGACACUCAGAAGAGUUGUAUUUAUCGCUUCUCUAAGAACAUCAGCUCCUCUGAUGCUGGGACUUACUACUGUGCUGUGGCCACAUGUGGACAGAUAUUAUUUGGAGAUGGAACUAAAGUGGAGAUCGUGCAAACUACACAUUUAGUAUUUAUUGCAGUGGCGAUAUUAACAGUCUGUUCGGUCAUUUCUGCUGUGGGAAAUGUUGUCCUCAUCUGCAACCGAAAAACAUGUGAACGAUGUAAAGGAAUGGAAAGUGUUACUUCAGAAGAACGACAUGCCAAUUUGCGCCAAUCAGUGCAUGCUAAUACUGCAGCUGACGACACACUGAACUACGCUGCGCUGAACUUCUCAGAGAAAAGAAGAAGAAAGAAAAGAGAGUGUGCUGAGGACAGUGUGUACUCUCAGGUUAAAUGCUGAUACUGGUUUUAACGUUGUGUAUUUCA